AUGGUCGGCGAUUCCUCAUCGGGUUCUUUGACCGCUUCAGAGCCACAGCAAUGGCACGAUUCAUCAAAAAAAGAAACUUUGGAAAGCGAGGUUUUCGAACAGGCAAAUGAAAUUGAAGCGAAUGAUGUCGAUGUCGAAGAAGCAGAUGACAAGUCAAGGCGAUCUGGCGUGUUCUCGAGGAUAUCAUCAGCACGCAAAAGGAAGCUGGAAACAGAUUCUCCGCCGGUAGUAAUCCCUGUCACAGACCUUGAAAAGGGCAUUGUCGGAUGGGACAGUCAGCACGACCCGGAUAUGCCACUCAACUUUUCUCGUAGUCGCAAGUGGUUCAUCACAAUCCUGUUAUCAGCCAUUACGUUUAUGACGCCCUUUGCUUCGUCCAUCCUUGCACCUUCGCUGGCGGCCUUGGAGAAAGAUUACGGCGUUGACGAUGUUACCCUGGGAUCGAUGCCCGUCAGCAUAUUUCUGCUGGGAUAUGCAAUUGGACCUCUGUUUCUGUCGCCCUUGUCCGAGAUUUACGGUCGAAAUCUGAUACUCAUAGCCGCAAGCGCCUGGUUCUGCAUCUGGCUGGUGGGCUGUGCGCUUGCUCCAACGCUCAGCACGCUCAUAUUCUUUCGAUUCAUGACUGGCGUCGGCGGCUCAGGAUGUCAAACCAUCGGCGGUGGUAUUAUCAGCGACAUGUUUCCUAUAACUGAACGUGGAAAGGCAAUGACUAUCUGGAUGCUGGGUCCCGUUGUCGGCCCUACUGUUGCGCCCGUCAUUGGUGGUUUUGUGUCUGAGACAAUUGGCUGGCGUUGGGUCAACUGGUUGUCCUUGAUACCCGCUGCUAUGGUGGUAAUAGCCAUGAUCUUCUUCAAUCGUGAGACAAAUCAUCGAGUGUUGAUUGCACGAAAGACAGAGAGGCUCCAAAAGGAGCUCAGCCAGCCCGAGCUCCGGAGUUGCUAUACUGACCCCGAAGCUCCCGUCCUAAGCAAGAGACAGAUCCUGACGCUUGGACUGAUUCGGCCAUUGAAGAUGCUCUUCCGUUCGCCAAACAUCUUUGGGCUGUCGCUGUACAUUGCCUUUGCGUAUGGAUGCCUCUAUCUCCUCUACAACACCAUCCCAACCACAUUCGAGGGCAGCUACGGCUGGACCCUGGGUAUCACGGGCCUGGUGUAUCUCACGCUGCUUGUUGGAUAUGGCAUCGGUUUGUUGUCGUUUGCUCUUCUCUCUGACAGUACAGUUAUUCGCAUGACUGCCGCCAACGACGGCGUUUACGAGCCCGAAAUGCGUCUGCCCGAUUGUAUCUGGUUUGCCCUCAUUCUGCCCACCACCUUUUUCUGGUACGGCUGGAGCGCUGACAAGGCCGUCCACUGGAUUGUGCCCAUCAUCGGUAUUGCGCCGUUUGGAAUUGGUAUCGUAGGAGUCUUGUUGCCCAUCCAGACAUACAUUGUCGACGCAUACCCGCAAUAUGCAGCGAGCGGCCUUGCUGGGUUUGCCGUCUUGCGAAAUACAAUCGCUGCUUUCUUGCCCUUGGCAGGGCCUCAGCUGUAUAAGAGCUUGGGCGUAGGAUGGGGAAACUCUCUGCUUGGGUUUAUUGCGAUAGUGUUGAUUCCCAUUCCGGUGCUGAUAUACAAGUACGGCAAAUGGAUGAGGCAACGGUUCCCCGUUGAGCUCUCCGUGGCAAAAUCGAACGCGCCUGCGCGUGCAGUCAGCUGCUUUACGCGCUUCAUACCUCGACGGCCUAAGAAAGUCCCAAUCUGGUACAGCCACCAGCUCACCGAACGUACCCGGGCAUCUGCCACUAACAGCCGCCAUUGGCACGAAACCAAGCAUCGCCAAAACACCAUCCCAAACAUCAUCGCCCCCAGCAUCACUCAGCAUCACCAUCGCCAAAACACCAACAUCAUCCCGGAUGCCCGCGCCUCCCCCGACAUGCGCAUCAUCAAGCCCUCGUGGCUGAGCCACAGCGGCGAGCAGAAGGAUUUCGAGGUCUACAGCUGCCACGUCUCGCCCGACGGCAAGCGAAUCGCGACGGCGGGCGGCGACGGCCAUGUGCGCAUCUGGUCCACCGACGCCGUCUAUCACGCCAACGAUGGCGACUACAAGAAGCCGCGCCAGCUGUGCCACAUGAGCCACCAUCUGGGCACCAUCCAUUCCGUGCGCUUCUCGCCCAAUGGCCGCUACCUGGCCAGCGGCGCCGACGACAAGCUCAUCUGCGUCUAUCAUCUGGACAAGGGGCCGCCAGCCCCGACCUUUGGCACCAACGAGCCGCCGCCGGUCGAGAACUGGAAGACGUACAAGCGCCUGAUUGGGCACGAGAACGACGUGCAGGACUUGGCCUGGUCCUACGACUCGUCGCUGCUCGUGUCUGUCGGGCUCGACUCCAAGGUUGUUGUCUGGUCGGGCCACACGUUUGAGAGGCUCAAGUCGAUUCCCGCCCACCAGAGCCACGUCAAGGGCAUCACCUUUGACCCUGCCAACAAGUUCUUCGCGACUGCUAGUGACGACCGAACAAUCAAAAUCUUCCGCUUCACCCCGCCCGCGCCGAAUGCGACCCAGCAUGACAUGAUCAACAACUUUGUCCUCGACGCCACCAUCAGCUCCCCGUUCAAGAGCUCCCCCCUGACUACGUAUUUCAGGCGGUGUUCUUGGUCUCCGGAUGGGAAUCACAUUGCUGCCGCCAACGCAGUCAAUGGCCCCGUGAGCUCCGUCGCCAUCAUCGAGCGCACGAGGUGGGACAGCGAAAUCAACCUGAUCGGGCACGAGGCGCCAACCGAGGUGUGCAUGUUCUCGCCUCGACUCUUUCAUACUGUGAAACCGGGCCAGAACGGCGCGGCCAACGGCCACGGUGGCCAGCUUGUCACCGUUAUUGCGUCCGCUGGUCAGGACAAGACAUUGAGCAUCUGGAAUACCAACACUUCCCGCCCUGUGGUCAUUUUGCAGGACAUUGCGGGCAAGUCUAUUUCUGAUCUGGCAUGGACACCAGACGGCCAGACCCUGUUUGCUUCCAGCUUGGACGGCAGCGUGGUUGUCGCCAAGUUUGAUGAGGGCGAGCUGGGGUGGGUGGCUCAGCAGGAGGAGAAUGCCAAGGCGUUGCAGAAAUACGGUGGCUCGAGGAAGGGAAUGGGCAUCGCCGAAGAUGUGGAUGGGCUGAUGCUGGAAGAGCAUGCCAAGGCCGGAGAGUCAAGGGCCGUGCAGUCUAGAAUGGGUGCUCUCAUGGGCGAUUUCCAACCGGAAUCUGCAAAGGAGUCUACUCCGGCAAGCAAGGCCGAAUCCUCUGCGUCCGUCCCGGAAAAGUCGACUGCCAACGGAGGUGUAGAAUCGGACAAGGAAAAGGAGAAAGACAAAGACAAAGACACCAGUGAAAAGCCAGAGGAGGCUGCAGACAAGACGGCCGAACGGGUUCGUGAAUUAAAGUCUCGAGUUACCGUCGGAAAGGAUGGGAGGAAACGGGUGGCUCCGCUCUUGGUCUCGUCGUCUGGCACGGGGCAGUCAUCUCUACCCCAGAGUCAGCUUGUCGGAUCAGCGGCGACAAAGAGCACACAAAACGAGGCACCACAGACGAUACUGGAUCUUUCAAAACCCUUUGACGGGUUGCCAAAGGGGGGCAUUGUCGCCAUGCUACUUGGCAACAAGCGCCGUGCUGCCACUACCGAUCUCGACGAGGAUGAGGAGCCUGCGGCUAAGCGGGUGACUGGCGGUCCAACGGCUGUUGUGACCAACGGGGCUGAUGGCGUUGAGCAUGCUGCGCUUGUUCCAGUCGAGCAUGGCGUUCUUCCUACUCCCGAAUUUCUACGGCCGGCGGUGCUGAAUCCAUCCAUUUCAUACGCCCAAGUCCGCCUGGCUGUCCCCAAGAUACGGUCACAUAUCUUGCGGCCGCUUGAGAGGGGCGUGCUGCAACCCGACGCCGCCUCGCUGGAAGACGCAACCAAGCUUCCAGAGAACAUCAUCCUCGAAGCUAAAAACGACCCCAACCCGCGUGAUCCAGCCCAUGUCCUUGUUACGCAGAGAGGAAUCUUGAUAUGGCAGGAAUUCUUGCCACGAGCUGUCAUCUUGGUGACUGCCAGCAAGCACUUCUGGGCUGUGGCCUGUGAAGAUGGCUCGCUACACGUUUGGACUCGUGCCGGCAGACGCCUUCUGAACCCCAUCAUAUUGGAGUCACAGCCUGUCAUCCUCGAAUGCAGAGAUUAUUGGCUGAUGGCCAUUACAGCAGUCGGAUUGGUCCAUGUCUGGGAUCUCAAAUCACAGUCUUCUCCCCACCCCCCCGUGUCCGUUGGCCCCAUACUGGAUAUUGCGACUGCAUCACUAAAUCAGCAUUCUGCUACCCCUGGGCCGGGUAUCACGUCCGCCCACCUCAAUUCUACUGGCCAUAUCGUCGUGACCUUGACAAACGGCGACGGCUACUUCUACGCGCGAGACAUGUACACGUGGCAGCGGCUGAGCGAGGCAUGGUGGGCGGUGGGUUCUCAGUACUGGAACUCGAACGAUUCAUCCAUCUCGGCCCUACAGUCUACCGCUGUUGGACCCAACUCGAAGGACGACAAGGACAAAGGCAGCCAAGCCGUCACCGUAUCAUCGGGCAUCAUUCCGUUCCUCGAGCGACACACCACAAACGAGUUUCUUCUUAAGGGGAGGGCUUACGCACUGCAGCGAAUCAUUAAGAUGGUCAUGCAAAAAUCCGAGGCCGAGGGCCUGGAGAGCAGCGUCAGCAUUGCCCAUCUGGAGAACCGCAUCGCUGGCGCCUUGCAGCUAGGGGCAAGCGACGAGUUCAGAUUAUACCUGUUUAUGUACGCCAAGCGUUUAGGCGCCGAGGGUGCUAGGGGCAAGGUUGAAGAGCUUCUCAACAGCUUGCUCGGCGGUGUUCUCGAAGAGAAAGACCCGGAGAGGGACGAUAGCCGCGGCUGGUAUAGUCGGGAUGAACAGCUCUGUGGAUGGGAUCGGAAAGAACUCUUAAAGGGAGUGGUUCUUAUUCUUGGCAAAUACCGGGAGCUACAGCGCCUCACGGCCCAAUACGCGAGAUUGAUAGACUUGAACUUGGAUGAUGGCUCGGCAGAUGUUGAUACCAUGGAUGUUGAGGCGUAG